AUGGAGCAGAAUCUCGAUGAAAACACUCGGCGGGAGUUGGAGCAGGAGCUGCAGACGGAAAUUUUCCCUGGGACGGAGAUUAUGACAGAUGUGGGAAACCACCAUUUUGUCAAAUCAUCCAGCGGCGAACACUCGGUGCUGGUGCCUCAGCCGAGCGACGCUGAAAAUGACCCUCUUAAUUGGACCCGGGCUUGGAAGUUUUCUACUAUAUAUUGUGCGCUGCUAUGCUCUCUUGUGCAAGGCAUAGGCCCGAUUGCCUUGGCUCCUAUGUUUCCAUAUUACAUGAAGGAAUUUCACUCAAGCCUGGCGGAUGUCGUGCAACUCACCGGAAUUACUAUCUUAGUGCUAGGAUUUAGCAAUUUUAUCUGGGUGCCAAUCCAGUCCUGCUUUGGGAGACGGCCUGUGAUGGUGAUUUCGACUUUAAUUUGUUUGGCUAGUAGCAUCUGGAAAGCAAAGGCCACAUCGUACGGAAGUUUCCUAGGUGCUUGUGUGCUGAAUGGGAUUGGCGCAGGCCCUUGCGAGAGUACCCCGCCAACAAUCAUCGCAGAUGUCGUCUUCCUCCACGAUCGAGGAAAGUACGAAACGCUGUAUUUUGCAGUUUAUUUUGGUGCCUUACAGUUGGGUCCUAUUCUCUCAGGUCACAUGGCAGAGUACGCUGGAUUACCGAGCUUCUGGUGGCUGAAUGCUGCUCUUCAGGGCUUCGCAGUGGUUUGUUUCAUCUUUCUACUUCCCGAGACAAAAUUCAGACAGGGGCCUGUGCUUGAGAACACAACCAACCAACCUACGUCUGACGAUUCUAUAUCUGACGAGAAGAACUCCAACUUCGAACAGGUGGAAACCAAGAACAGAUCACUUGUGGGGAAUUCAGAUCCAGAAAAAGAAGGCCAAUCUCGAGCCCAAGGUAUAACUCCCGCACAUAGCCAUCAAUGGCUAACCAAGGGAAAGCCGUCAAAGAGCCAGUGGAAGUUAUUCCAACCAUAUGAAGGUAACUUUUUGCUGGAGCUAUGGCUCCCGUGGAAAGUGUACUUCUUUCCCAUCGUUCAAUUUGCUGCCUUGGUUGUAGCAUGGUCUUGCUCUGCAUCACUUACACUUAAUCUCACUCAAUCGCAAGUAUUUACUGCACCACCCUAUAAAUUUAGCUCUUCUACGAUAGGGUUCUUCAAUUUUGCAAUUUUCGUGGGCGUUUUGAUCGGCCUAUUCACAGCCGGCCCUUUAAGUGAUCUUAUCGCAAAGUGGUUAACAAAGAGAAAUAACGGUAUUAGAGAGCCAGAGAUGAGAUUGCCAGCUAUGAUUCCCUACAUUAUUAUUAUGAUUAUUGGGAAUGUCAUUGUCGCUCUUGCAUAUGAACACUCUUGGAACUGGAAGAUUACCGUUAUCAUUGGCUAUACCUGUGCUGGCAUCCAGCUCGCUGCUCUCCCGUCAAUUGCAUCUACCUAUGCUGUAGACUCGUACAAGCCAGUUACAGGUCCUCUAUUCGUGGCCAUCACGAUUAACAAGAACCUCUGGGGGUACGGAUUCUCAAAAUAUCUCACUGAAUGGACCCUAAAGAGUGGAUACAUUACGCCAAUUAUGACCAACAUGGCUUUGAUAACGCUCUGGUGUCUCUGUGGUCUUAUAUUUUGGUUUUGGGGGAAGACUUUUAGAAAGUGGACAAGCGGCUCUAAAGUGCACGCCAUGUAA